GGAGCUAAGCGAGGGGCCGGGGGGCGCGGAUCCUGAGAGCCCGGCUGGGAAAAGCCGAGACACCGGAACGGAGCCCGGGAGCUGUAAGCGGCGGGAACCGGCCUGGAGCCGGACGCAUCAGGCACCGGGUGGUCCUCCCAACCGAUCGCUGCACGCAGAGUGGUCCCUAGGAACCCCCUGCCCGGCCGCAGCCCCUUCCCGGGCCCCCCAUGGCCCGGGCCGCAGUCCUCCCGCCGACCAGGUUGCCACCGACGCUGCCUCUGCUGUCCUUGCUGCUGCUGCUGCUCCGGGAAACAGGAGCUCAGGAUGUGUGGGUACGAGUGCUUCCAGAGGUUCGGGGUCGCCUGGGAGACACCGUGGAGCUGCCAUGCCACCUGCUACCACCCACCUCAAAUGUGCGCGUCUCUCAGGUGACCUGGCAGCGCCUGGACUCAGCAACUGUGGCCGCCUUCCACCCAUCCUUUGGUGUGCAGUUCCCCAACCCUCCCUUCAACAAGGAGAGGCUGUCCUUCGUCAGAGCCACACAGGACACAAACAUGGACCUUCGGGAUGCCACACUGGCCUUCCGGGGACUGAUGGUGGAGGAUGAGGGUAACUACACCUGUGAGUUUGCCACGUUUCCCAACGGCACACGCCGGGGUGUGACCUGGCUCAGAGUCAUAGCCCAGCCAGAGAAUCACGCCGAAGCACAGGAGGUCACAGUUGCCCAGGAGCCUAUGCCUGUGGCCCGAUGUGUUGCUGAAGGGGGCCGGCCACCUGCCCGAAUCACCUGGAUCUCAUCCCUGGGUGGAGAGGCCAGAGACACCCAGGAAUCGGGAUUACAGGUUGGCACGGUUACUGUCGUCAGUCGAUACACCUUGGUACCUGACAGCCGAGUGGAUGGUGUCAAGGUCAUGUGCAGAGUGGAACAUGAGAGCCUCGAGGAACCAGUCCUGCUGCCUGUGACCCUCUCUGUGCGAUAUCCACCUGAGGUAUCCAUCUCUGGCUAUGAUGACAACUGGUACCUCGGCCGAACUGAGGCCACCCUGACCUGUGACGUGCGCAGCAACCCAGGGCCCACAGGCUACGACUGGAGCACGACCUCAGGCGUCUUCCCAACCUCCGUGGUGGUCCAGGGCCCUCAACUACUCGUCCACUCCGUGGAUCGCCUAGUCAACACCACCUUCAUCUGUACAGCGACCAAUGCUGUGGGGACAGGCCGCGCUGAACAGGUCAUCUUUGUUCGAGAGUCACCCAGCACGGCAGGUGCAGGGGCCACAGGUGGCAUCAUUGGAGGCAUCAUUGCUGCCAUCAUUGCUACAGCUGUGGCCGCCACAGGUGUCCUCAUCUGCAGGCAGCAGCGAAAGGAGCAGAGACUGCAAGGGGCAGAGGAGGAGGAUGAACUGGAAGGACCUCCCUCCUACAAGCCACCGACCCCCAAGGCCAGGCUGGAGGAACCAGAGAUGCCCUCUCAGCUCUUCACUCUCGGGGCCUCGGAGCACAGCCCACUGAAGACACCAUACUUUGAUGCUGGUGUCUCCUGCGCUGAUCAGGAAAUGCCUCGAUACCAAGAGUUGCCUACCUUGGAAGAGCGAUCUGGGCCCCUGCUGCUGGGGGCCACAGGCCUGGGCCCCUCCCUCCUGGUGCCUCCAGGGCCUUCUGCUGUAGAGGGAGUUUCCCUGGGUCUAGAUGAGGAAGAGGAGGAGGAGGAGGAGGAGGAAGACUUUCUGGAUAAAAUCAACCCCAUUUAUGAUGCCCUGUCCUACCCCAGCCCCUCUGACUCCUACCAGGGCAAAGACUUUUUCGUGUCACGGGCCAUGUAUGUGUGAGGUACAGUGUCUCUGGCCUCUCACUUAUCACCCUUUACCCCUCAGCUUUCUGUCAGGUGGUCUAGAACUCCUGGCUCCUGGGCGAACCAUGGUCUCCUAUCACCCCAUGCAUUCCAUCUGUGAUUUCUACCAUAGUGGCGCCAAUGUGACCUCCAGUCUAUGAUUUCUGACCCAGAGAAACCUGCAAAACAACGGACACCUGAGACUUAUCUCCUGAAGUGCAGAUAGUUCUGCGCCAACCUCUGACCCCAAGGACUCCUAAGAUCUAGCUGGACCCUUUGACCAUGCCACACCUCCCACCUGCAUCUCAAGAGUCCCAAAGAAGACUCCAGACCUCUGAUUUGUCCCCAGGCUAUACAGUCCCAUAGGUCUGCAAGCUUGAGAUUACGGGCUUCCAGUUGCUCAGACCUGAGCCCUCAAGGCAGCGGAAGUCCCUCUACCCCCUUCCUAUUUCCUUUCCCUCCUGCAGGCAGGAGUCUCAGGGUCCACAUCUUCCCCUCAUCCCCCAACACCCUAGUUCCUGUCUCCAGAGCAUGAAGCCCCAGCCCAGUGCUAAAGGGAUGAGCCUCAUCCAAGUGUGCCUUGCAACCCAAGGUUUGGGAGAAGUUGCUGUUACCCUGAAGACUACUGAAUCCUUUUUAUCCGUGCCCAGUGGGAUGAGCCUAAACAUCCUUCUUUAGGGGAAAAAAAAUGGGUCAUCUGGGUUGGGAGUUCAGGCAAUGAUACUGUUUUGUAAGCAUUUCCUACAAAAUAGGUGUUUAUACUUUGA